AUGGCUAUUGAGUCUAUUCCCACCCUUCACUACCUCGACAUUGGUCGAUUGGGUCGCGGCGAAGUUGUCCGCCUGUUCCUGAGAGAUGCCGGCAUCGAGUUCAACGACGUUCGACAUCCCUACGACGACACAUGGCCCGCGACGAGCGCGAAGCUGAAGGAGCAAGGCAUCACUCGAACUGGCAAGGUGCCUGCGCUCUUGAUCAAUGGCCUUGUUCUGAACCAGCACAUCUCGAUCUUGAGGUAUCUGGCUAGAGACCUCGGGAGCUACGACGGCGAGACAAACUAUGAAAAGUUUCAAGUUGACGCCGUCGCCGAUGUUUACAAUGACUGGAGGACUCAAUGGGUGGCAAGCCUCAAGGGCGUCACAGACGAGUACAGGAACAAGAUUGUGCCCGAAUACUACAACGUCAUCGCGCAGUAUUAUUCUGCCAACAACGGCCCGUAUCUCCUUGGUGAUAGGAUCACCUACGCCGACUUUGCUGUCUAUCAGUCUAUCGACAAUGACGAGCGAACCGGCACUUUGCCUGCUGAGCUGCCUGAGGCGGUGCAAAAGUUCCGUGAGGCAUUCGAGAGUCGUCCGAAUAUCUCGGCUUACAUCGAGGCGAGCCGCCCGAAGAAGGCGUGA